AUGUAGUAAUUGCUUUCGCGUGGGAGCCCAAGGGUGAACGUUUCGCGAUUAUUACAACAAAUGAUCCCAAUUAUGGUCAACCAACACAAGGCGUGACAUUAAAAACUAGUGUAUCAUUUUAUUAUCUUGAAAAACCAAAAUCUGGUAAAGGAGACUCAGUUGGGACAGCCAAUUUUAAAUUAAUAAAAACUCUUGAAAAAAAAACAUCAAAUGCAAUUUAUUGGUCACCGCAAGGUCGACAUGUGAUUUUGGCUACUUUACGUUCUACUACAAUUUUCGAUUUAGAAUUUUGGGAUUUAGAUUUUGAAACAACUCUUGAGCAAAAAGAAUAUACAAAAACCGAUCCAGCCGCAUGUUUACAACUAAUGAGCACGCAAGAACAUUAUGGCCUUACUGAUGUUGAAUGGGAUCCUACUGGACGUUAUGUUAUUACCAGUUCUAGUUUCUGGAGGCAUAACAUAGAAAAUGGAUAUACCUUAUGGGAUUUCAAGGGUACUCAAUUACAAAAACAUUUAAUGGAUAAAUUCAAGCAAUUAUUAUGGCGACCUCGUCCAAAAAGUUUAUUAACAAGUGAACAAAAGAAAACAAUUAAAAAAAAUCUACGAGAUUAUUCAAAGAUAUUUGAUGAAGAAGAUUACUUUGAAAAAUCAACAGUGUCUAAAGAACAGAUCGCUCACCGACGUCGCCUUGUGGAUGAAUGGAAUGCAUGGCGCAAGAGAGUAGAAAAAGAACUGAUAGAAGAAAGAGAAAAUGCUGGUAUUAUGCCGGUUUCUAAGAAGGACGAUGACAUUGUGGAAGUCAUUGAAGAGUGGAUUGAAGAAGUGGUAGAAGAAACUGAAGAGAUCAUAGAAGAUUAA